AUGAACCUCUUCGAAGUCAUAGAUCUAGGAGACGAUGACAAACCCCAACAAGCCAUACCCCCGGACCUAGAUGAUGAAAACGAUAUAAUCAUCCUAGAAGACAAUCAUGAUAAUCAAUCCAUAUCACCAGAACCAAUCGACAUUGACGAAGCAUCCGACAAUAAUAGCGACGACGGUAGCAGCAUAGACGCAUUCGAUACAAUCUUCAUAUCAGACGACGACAGUGAAUCUGACUCUGACGAUGUGAUUUUUGAAGCUGCCCGUACCACACGUUCUAAAAAACCUCGUAACCGCAAUCCCACCAAACGACCAAAACCCGGCCACCCAACAGAAACAAAAGAAACCCCCAUAGACAAACUAAAAAUCAACGGUCUCUUCUUAGAACCCCAAACCAACGUUCAAAUCCGAUACGGCGCCGUCCUCCAAGACAGAUCGACCCUAGGAAACGGCUACUUUAUGAGAAUCAAAAAGUUAUUCAACCGUAUAGAAACCUACGCCAACAAAGACGGUACAGAGAUGACCCAAACCUCAGCAUGGGUACAAGGCCCUCUCUUUCGACGUCACAGAGAACUUGACGGUAUUCUUCCAAAAACAGCCGGAGAAGUCGCUUUACUUCGUGAGAAAGCAGAUGUUAGAGCUUCGGAUGUUGUUAACAUCCGUGAGCUCGUUCUUACUAAUAUAUUGGGUCGUGAUACUGUUCGAAAAUCUUACGAAGAUGCGAGAGAUGAUGCUUACGGACGGCUUAUCUGUCGUUGGAAGGCAAAGAUUAAAGAUAAUGUUAAUGGUAAAACGGGAAUGCAGCAACUUGGUGCCACGGGGUACAUUAGACGAUUAACGCAGGCAGAGGCGGAUCCUGAAUAUAGGAUAAGUGAUAUGGAACUCUCGCGAACAUGGCGACCAAAAUCGGCGCUCAAUAACAAGAUACCAAAAAAGGCGACACGUUCUGAUCCCGAAGAUACGAAACCGUUUGAUAUAAUCCCUAGCAUUGACCCAGUUAUCGUUGAUGAUAUUGAAUCAGUUAGCACCACAUCCAAUGCAAACCCAGUCAUCAUCAAUGAUAUGAGUGAUAUUCGUAUCGUCAACAAUACCGAACCAGUCAUCGUCAUUGACAUGAACGACACCUGCACUACUACUAACAUCGAACCAAUCAUCAUUGACGACAUCACAAUCUCCGCCGUCCGACCCAUACAAGCCGGAAACCCCUCAAAGCCAAUACUAAUCGAAGACAACGCCCCAGAAAACAAAAACAUAGAAUCCAAAGACUGCAUAAUGAGCCACGAAAUUACACGAAACCACCAACCCCGUCGCAGAUACACAUUCGGCGAUGCAUUCUGCGGUGCCGGUGGAGCAACCUGUGGCGCCGUAAUGGCAGGGUUUAAAGUAAGAUGGGGCGUCGACCACGACGAAGCAGCCAUCAGCUCGUGGCGAUCGAAUUUCGGUUUUAGUAUAGGAUACCAAGAAGAUGUUCACGAAUUCGUCACCAGGCAUGAGAACACCUACGUCGAUCUUCUGCAUUUAUCACCGCCUUGUCAAUUUUUCUCCUGGGCUAGAACUAUACCAGGUCAGAACGAUGAGAAGAACGAAGCAAGUUUCUUCAUCGUUCCGAAUAUAUUGAACUCCUGUCGCCCUAGGGCUGUAACCGUGGAGGAAACAGAUGGUUUGAUCGGAUUAAGUCGUUCAGUAGGUCAUUUCAAGUGUAUGCUGGGUGAUUUUACAUCCAUGGGGUAUAGCGUCAAAUAUGCAAUCUUGAAUGCCGCCUGUUAUGGAGUACCAUCCCGAAGAAAACGUUUGGUUUUAAUAGCUUGCUGCCCAGGUGAGACGCUCGCCGAUUUUCCAAACCCUACCCAUUUCUAUAGCUCGGAUCCGUUCGAGCCAAUGCCGGUAGGGUUAAAACGGGCUGUUACGCUUCGGGAAGCUAUCGGAAGGAUCCCACGACACGCCCCGGAUCACGAUAUAGAGAUACUCGAAACUGUGGCUCCGAGUUCAUUAAAACUACCACCUCAUGAAUGGGAUCAGCCUUUUCGGUCCACGAUAAAGUGCGGCGGCGGAGAAUAUAACUUACACCCCUCCAGAAACAGAAAAUUCACAUUGAGGGAAUUAGCAUGUUUGCAAUCCUUCCCUAUAGAUCACCGGUUUUCCGGGAAGAAAGGUGAAAAGAUGAGACAAAUUGGAAAUGCAUUCCCUCCUCGUCUUGUUGGAACAGUAAUGGAAUCAGUUAGGAAACACUUAGAAAAGAUUGAUGAAGAGUGGAAAGGUGGAGGUAUUCUGUAA